AUGAAUGCUUCGGUUCUUGCUCCUCUGGGAAACAUUUCCAGUCACUUCAAUUUUUCAGAGAAGAACUCACCGAUCUUGCAGUUUGAGGAUGAGGAUUGCCACGUGCCUUUGGCCAUGGUCUUCACUUUGGCCUUGGCUUAUGGGACCGUGAUAAUUCUGGGGGUCUCUGGGAAUCUGGCCUUGAUUGUCAUUAUUUUAAAACAAAAGGAAAUGCGCAACGUUACCAACAUCCUCAUUGUCAACCUGUCCUUUUCAGAUCUUCUAGUGACCAUCAUGUGUCUUCCCUUUACCUUUGUGUAUACUUUAAUGGACCACUGGAUUUUUGGGGAGGCCAUGUGCAAAUUGAAUCCUUUCGUGCAAUGUGCCUCAAUCACCGUCUCGGUCUUUUCUUUAGUCCUCAUUGCUAUUGAACGCCAUCAGCUGAUCAUCAAUCCCCGUGGCUGGAGGCCGAACAACAGACAUGCCUACAUGGGGAUUGCUGCCAUAUGGAUUUUAGCCACAGCAUCCUCCUUGCCUUUCCUGAUCUACCAUGUGCUAACGGAUGAACCCUUCAGGAACAUAACAUUUGAUGAAUACAAGGACAAAUAUGUGUGCCUGGACCUGUUCCCCUUGGACACCGCCAGACUUUCGUACACCACAACGCUUUUGGUGAUUCAGUACUUUGGACCACUGUGUUUUAUAUUUAUUUGCUACUUGAAGAUAUACAUACGAUUAAAAAAGAGGAACAACAUGAUGGACAAGAUGAGAGACAGUAAGUACAGAUCCUCUGAAACCAAAAGGAUCAACAUCAUGCUGAUCUCAAUAGUGGUUGCAUUUGCAGUUUGCUGGCUGCCUCUCACCAUCUUUAAUAUCGUGUUUGAUUGGAAUCAUGAAAUCCUGCCUGUCACUACCUGCAGCCACAACCUGUUAUUCCUGAUUUGCCACCUCACUGCCAUGAUCUCUACCUGUGUGAACCCCAUCUUCUACGGAUUUCUCAAUAAGAACUUCCAAAGAGACCUGCAGUUUUUAUUUCAUUUUUGUCAUUUUCGCUCUCGUGAGGAGGAUUAUGAGACUAUAGCCAUGUCCACCAUGCACACAGAUGUUUCAAAAACCUCUCUAAAGCAGGCAAGCCCAGUUGCAUUUAAAAAAAUAAGUAGCGACGAUGAUUACAAGAUAUAAAGAAGUAAUAAAUAUUCUACACCAAACUGCUGGAAUUGUGAUCAAGGGUGAAAUGUGUCCAGGGACAAGCACAAUUACAUAACUAGUACAAAAUGGGUAAUGUUUUUCAUCUUUUUCCAAGAAACUUUGAUUGUUGUCACUUUGAAAUUCUAUGCUGUGCAUUUUUGCCCUUUUUACUGCUUUAAUGUUUGCAGCAGUUAUAUCUGAAUCUUAUUAUAAGACGUAGUCAGACCUGCUACUACCUAUGGUUUCCAUCAGCUGUCUUUUGUUCUGCUUUCUUUGUGCAGUUAUGUGCUUCAGCACAACGAUAUAUUUAUUGAUUUUUUUUCCAAAGAAGUAGUUUUUAUGAGUGUCCCUCUAAGACUAUUAGAAACAAUAUGAACCACAGGGAGGCUGUGGCUACAGAGGA